AUGGACCGAUUGAGCCACCUAUAUACGUGUCUGGAGGCCGAAAAGGCAGCAGAUGUGGCGAGUAUGAGCUCGCUGACCUCGUCUUUGACGCCCAAACAGCUGGCAUCCAGAGGUCUGGCGAUCGUCAAUCUGACUCUGGCGUCGCUACGAACGGGCUUUGGUGGCAAACUGGUGGCCACGUUGGAACCGGACGUGUCGAUUUCGCCGGAAAUUACAGGCGGAAACGAUAUUCGAACCGGAGAUCUCAUCAAAAUCAUCAAGAACAAGACUAGCAAGGACGACAAGGCCGUGGAGGCGGUGGUACUCAAAUCGACAAAGGCCAAGAUCGAGGUGGCUCUCGAUGAGAACUUCGACGCUACAGAUAGUCUGGAUGGAGUACGACUACAUGUGGUGAAACUGGCCAACAAUGCCACCUACCGACGAAUGGAGUUUGCCCUCAAGGACAUGUUGAGGAUGAAGGAACAGGAAAUGUCCGACCUCAUGCGUGUUUGUGUUGAUAAGGAGACGAUUUCCGACCACAAGGACGACCCCAACCUCCAGUUGUACAACACAGCUCUCAACCCUUCGCAGGUGGAGGCCGUCCAGCACAGCGUUGGAUCAGCACAGGUGACGGUGGUCCAUGGCCCUCCUGGAACCGGAAAGACGCAUACUUUGGUGGAGAUCAUCCGGCAGCUGGUUCAGAAAAAGGGCCAACGAGUUCUGGUUUGUGGUCCCUCCAACAUCUCGGUAGACACUUUACUUGAGCGUUUGCAUCCUCAUUUCAACGGCAACCAAUUGCUUCGAAUCGGUCACCCUGCCCGUCUUCUGGAAGCCAAUCUGCAACACUCCUUGGAUAUUGUUUCAAAAACCUGCGACAGUGGGCAGAUUGUGAAGGACGUGCAGGUGAAUAUUGACCAGCAGCUCCGAAAGAUUUCAAAGACGAAAUCGGGCCGCGAAAAGUAUGCGAUGUACAAGGAGAUUGGCAUGCUGCGAAAGGAGUUCAAGGAGCGGCAGAAGAAAGUGGUCGCUGAUCUUCUGCUUCAAGCCAAAGUUGUCUGCGCCACUCUACAUGGUACCGGAGACUCUUGUCUUAAGGACGUGCAGUUUGAUACGAUCAUCAUUGACGAGAUUUCGCAGUCUCUAGAGCCUCAAUGUUGGAUUCCCAUUUCUCGCUACCCUUCGGCUCAGAAGCUCAUUAUCGCCGGAGACAACCAGCAGCUUCCUCCCACGGUCAAGUGUGAGCAGUCCAAGAUCAAGAAACAGCUGGAGUUGACCUUGUUUGACCAUUUGGUGGGCAACUACGACAAUAUCAGGCGGUUGCUAAAGGUACAGUAUCGAAUGCAUGACGCCAUUAUGCAGUUUCCGUCACAAGAACUGUACGGAGGACAACUUGUGGCCCAUUCUUCGGUGGCACGGCACACUCUGGCAGAUCUACCACAUGUUACAGAGGACUAUGAGACCACCACGCCAGUUGUGUGGAUUGAUACACAAGGAGACGACUUUUACGAGCAGGAGGAUGAGUCGGGAAAGCUGAAUCCUUCUCGGUUGAACGACUCGGAGGCGUAUCUGGUUCGUCGACACGUUGGAAAGCUGCUUGAUCUGGGUGUUUUGGAGUCUGAAAUCGGUGUGAUUACUCCCUAUUCUGCCCAGGCAUCUCUCAUUCGGUCUUUGAUUCAUCCCACCAACCCUGCGGUUGAGGUCGCUACGGUUGACUCGUUCCAGGGGCGAGAGAAGGAGGCGGUCAUUCUGUCUCUAGUGCGGUCCAACGAGAACCACGAGAUUGGCUUCUUAGGCGAGUAUAGACGUCUGAACGUUGCCAUGACCCGGCCUCGAAGACAUCUCUGUGUGGUGGGCAACAUGGAGACUCUGGCUCGAGGAAGUGACUUUACCCAGGCCUGGGCCAAGCAUGGAGAGGACAAUGAUGAUAUCGAGUUCCCCAGUCUCGACGAGGUGAUUGAGCUUCAGCAGUAG